AUGGUACUGCCUAAUGCAAAUCUUCUGCGUGACCUGCGGCUUCUAUUACCUCGGCCCUGGAUACACCAUUCACAACUAUCCUCGCUGGUAAUCAGUAGGCCGCGUUGUCGUCUGCACACCUCGUUGCCCUCCUCAUCCUCAUCCCCUGCCUCCCUGCGUACCUUUAAGCACCCAGAAAAAACCCCGCGCCGCGACCAACAGAAGACGAGGUCGGCCCAGCCCGCGGCCGCCAGUGGUGCUCCCAGUAACCAUCUGUCUGCUGAGGAACUAAAAUGCCUACAGAUGGAGUUGGGUGAUCCCGAGUACUGGCAACUUAUCUACCGUCUGAAAGCAAUGCCUUUUGUUCAGGUGAAACAACUGAUAGGUUUACAAUUAGUUGAGAAUCGUCCUUUAAAUUCCGGUAAAUUGUCGACCAUUGUUAAUUGGAUAAGGAAGAAGGAUUUUCGGGCACCGCAUCCGUUUGUUGAUUAUCCUGAGAUUUCGAACUCUUCGAGGAGUCCAUCAUCAGAGAUAAGAAACAGCAACAAAAAAGAGGCUAAGUAUAGCGGGUAA